ACUAUCGUAUGURUCCCUUUUCGGACAUUCUCUGGACUGAAGAGGUCAAUUCGGGUAUAGUACCAAGACAAAAUAAGAUAAAGUUUCCCGAGUUUUAACCUUUCUGUAACAGUCAAAAACUACAAAACAAAGACAUGCAAGAACAGGAGAUGACUAAAAACACAUAGCAACAGUUAUCGAAACAGUACACAACUAAAUAAUGGGAAACAGUUUAAGCAAUUGCAAUUCAAUACUGAAGCCCUCAAGCGGCCGUUACUUUGAACGAAGAGUUGGCCCUGGCAUCAAUGAAAGAGUAGAAACAGUUCGCCGUCUUGUGUUCAAACCAAAACGAAAAAUCGUUAAUCAGUUACCUGAAGAGCUGAUGUCUUGUGAAGACGACCAUGAAUUGACUAAAAUGAUAAAAUCAGGAAUUGAUCCCCCKCUACAACUUUGCGUUCUCUGCGCCWACGCAACCAAAAACCAGCAYACAGUUCGCGCUGUAGGGUCUGGGUCGAGAUCGUCGCGUCUAACCGAAGCAUGUGACAUUCUUGUGGACAUGAGUGCKYUAAACAGAAUUCUUACCSAGCCUCCGGUAAAUCGMUCGGACAACAUGGACAAAGAAUUCGUGGACAUAGAAGUGGAGGGUGGUAUGUUAUUUUCCGAUUUCAUUGUGGAGCUCGACGYUAAAUAUGGACUUGGACUGCCUAUGGUGGGAGACUGUGGUGKACAGACUGUUGCUGGGGCUGCCAUGACGGGUGCGCAUGGAUCUGGGUUCUUUGCAGGCAUCAUAGCUACCUCCGUCGUUAGUAUCCACUUGAUCACGUGUCGUGGUAUCCAAGUGCGCAUAGAGCUUGGUGACGAGUCGUUUGAGCAAUGCCAGGAGAAGAUCAAAGAAGGCGWACCUUSUGGGRRCCCUGUGYUACUAAAGAGUACGGACAUAMUUCAAGGCGUGCUUWUGAGUCUYGGGUCASUUGGAAUAAUAUACUCGAUUACAUAUCGAUGUGUUCCAGUCUAUAACUUGGAGGAAAGAAGAAAACUAGUUCGAUUGCCUUGGAACGGAAUAGAAGGGUUUCGAGUCAAAGAUCGCUUUCUAAAGACGUUGUCUAACCCUGAACAAGGAGAGUAUUUCUCCUUCUUMAUCAAUCCUUAUCCAGAACCAAACAAUGUACGCAAGGCAGAAUGGUGCCUACCGCUGGACAAACUUGACGCGGCCCUAGGUGACGUCAUCGAUGUAAUGAUCCAGCAUGCUGUUCGGCAUCGUCAGUUUUCGUUGCUUCCGGUAUAUGUGAGCAUCUCAAAAACAGAUCACUUGUUGCUGAGCCCAGCAAACAGGAACUUUGCUACAGGAAUAGAGAAGCAUUGCUGUUAUAUCGAGGUACCUAUUCUAUCCAACAAGAUUGCAUCACAAGAUUAUCUAUCUUGCAUCGACGACAUACUCUUCGAAAARUACAACGCAAGACCUAACUGGUCCGCAAGGUUACUCCCACUAAACCACAGCCGAGUUCAGCAGCUAUACCCUGGCUUUCCUGAGUGGCAGAAAAUCUUCAAGCUUUUUAACAAAGACGGGACUUUUUGCAAUGAGUUCACGCAGCAACUGGAACUUGAUGACAGCAGUCUGAAAGACAAUCCUCAAGAUGGCGGCCAGAGUAGUAAAAUUAUAACUGUACAACCUCUUCCUGAAUGAAACCAGCUGUGCCACUAUUAGAACUCUUAAUAGUGAAGCCAGGGGAUGYCGAAUUUAAUUGUUGCUAAGAUUUGUAAUAAGGGAGGAGUAGGUGUGUCGCGAUUGCGCAYAAGCUGAAUUCUUGGGUUUCAACCAAUCAAAAAUCCCUCGAGAAAUAAAGUACAAAAGCUAUCGCCGCCAUUUUGGACGAUGAACAAUCGAAACGAAUGAGGAAUGCUUUGUUAUUGUCAUCAAACAUGGCGGCGAUGACGUAAACGUGCAACCUUAGAAUUAUUGAAUUUGGAAAUUCCUUUUGAGUUUAAUAUAUAUAAUACAAUUUACUAGUUAUGUCAGGGGGUSACCCAAUUAUUACUAUUAAGGUUUGUCAGGGGUGGGGUGUGUCAAUUGCUCACAAGGUGGAUUACCAAAGUAUUGAAUUAAAAAAUGUAGAAAUGGUGGGUUAGCUGGUGCCUCUGUGGAUGCCCACCUAGAUCUGUACCUGUACAAUUGCUAUUGUUCAAUCUACUAAAUAUGAUUUAAUGCUGAAUAAGAAGUGCUGUUAAAUAUUUCCUAGGCUGCAAAGCAUCAUGGUAAAAUUAAUUAGUUUUCUGACGACGAAWGUUGCCUAAAAUAAUUGAUAUUAAUUGAUGGCAAGAAUAGAAGAAUAAAAUUAAAAACUAGCUCAGA